AGGGACAGGCUGGCAGGUUCACAGCACCCCCUCUCCCCGCACAGGCCCCGCCUGCUCACGGACACCUGGCUUCUGGACACCCACCUUUUUCUCUGUCACCAGCAUGGUGUUCUGACCCCUUCCCUGAGCCGCUGCAGCCCCCAGACCAUCCUCCAGCCCCAAGUCCCCAGCCCACACGGGGUGGAUUUCUCAUUGUGGCUCCACUGCAUCCAGGCCCGGGGGCCCUGAACCGAGCUGCUCAACGUGUGGUCCAGAGGCAGGAGCGGCACUGGCCCCGGGAACGGGCUAGGGUGCGGAUGCCCAGGGCCUGCCCAGCCUGGGGUCAGAAUCCCGCAGCGCCGGAGAGGCCCAGGGGCAGGGCACCCACAGGCCUCCGGGGCACUCUGGUCCCCUCUGAAGGUCUCAAGGAGCUGGGAACAGAGGCUAAAGGCCUAUGUCAGGGCUCAGAGCUGAGGCCUGGAUUGGAAAGGGUGUGUUGUGGGGUCAUCCCAGAGCUGCCUGAGCCGCCCCAGUGGGAGGCUGUGAAGGUCUCUUCUGCACAAACAGACUCUGCACAGGAAGCAGUGUCCUCUGUGCCGUGGCCCUGAGGCCACAGGAGGGCACCAGCGUCUCCCGUGGACACAGCUCAGCCUCCCUGAGCACACUGGGUCCACCCCCGACCCCCGCCUCUCUGCUCCUCCUACGCUCACGCUCCCUCCCGUAACGACACCCCAACAAAAGGGGUGUGGGAGGCCGCCGUGGGUCGGUGGAGGGGGCGUGGCCAUCACACAGCAAGGUUGACCACCCCGGAGCGGAGCGGGGGCGGGAAGGGAGACGCAGGGGCUGGCCGGCAGCUCCGGGGUCCAGGAGUGUCCAGGACCUGCACGUCCUCUGACCUGGCGCCAGCCCAGGGGCCAUGAGCCUCACUGUUCCACAACUCGGGGGGUUGGGGGCCACGUGGGACGAGGCCACGCCCGCACCUGUCAGGACCCCGGCCCCUGCUGCCUUCUUAGCAUCAAUGCCCUUGACGUCUGGGCAGGCGCCUCUGUCGCCCUCAAAGCCGGCCCUCGGCAGCCCCUCCUCUUUGGCCCUGUCCCUCCUCGUCUCGCUGACCCUCACCCGCUGCUGUGCCCAGGGACCACCUUCCUCCGAAACCUCUCGCAACUGUGUCCUUGAUUCGGAGUCUCGGCCUGGGGCCCCCAGGCAAGCCUCCCUCCCCCGGAGGGGCCCAGGGGCGCCUGUGCUGGGCUUCCGCUGCAGCGGGCCCUCCUCCACGGCCGGCCCCUCCCGCCCCCGCCUGGCUCCCGUGUCUCUGCCCUGGGCCGCGGGAGCUCUAUCAGCUUCGGAUGGAGGAGGCAGGGUCACAGGAGGGAAGACACAGGGUGCAACGCCAGAGGGAGGCCCAGGGGAGGAGUGUGCCUGGAGCAGAUGGACUGGACCGAGGCCCAGGCAGGCAGGGUGGGAGCCGGAGUGGGGAAGGCGGGAGGCAUGGGAGCCCGGCCGCCCACAGCCACGCAGCGCCGGCAGGGCAGGUGGAGGUGGGCUCGGCCCUGGGCCCUGCUCCUGCUUCUCCUGGGUCCCCAGCUCCCGGAGGCUCGCGGCGGGGGUCUCCAGAGGGAAGUGAGCGCGGAGGACCAGAGGGUGCUGGAAAGGUACUUACCCGCCACCGUGGAGUACGCCGUACACGAGUUCAACCUGAGGAGCCAGGACGAGAACGCCUACAAGGUGAAGCGUGUCCUGAGGUCCUGGAGGGAGCCGGUGGACACCGCCAUGGUGUUCUCCACGGAGCUGCAGCUCACCCGCACCAGGUGUGGCAAGUUUGACGAAGACAUUGACAACUGUCCGUUUCAAGGACGUCCGGACGUGAACAAUACCGUCACCUGUCUCUUCACCAUCAGCACUGAACCCUGGAGAACAGUGUUUGAGCUCCUGAACAACACGUGCUCGGAGGGGCUCCUCUGAGGGAGACCACGGCCCCGCCUGGCCUCUGCUGUCCUGCCCCUGGCCACCGGCGGGACCUGUUGCGGCCCUUUGGUGGCGGAGCAGCUCGGUUCUGUUCCUUCACGAGCGGGUGUCUGGGGGUCACAUCCGGGCG